GUGUGAGGGUGAGGAUCUUGUUGGGCGAGGAAAACAAAACAAGAUCCAGCGUGUUCUUGUGUAAAUUUAAAACCUGUAACAGCAAACAAAAACAAACGUCAUUGUUGCUGCCAUGCAGUUCACGAUCCUCAACAAUGAAGACGAGCACAGGCCUACCUAUAAUUGCAGUUGUUGUCGAUUUUUGAAAUCAAUUUUUUAACUUGCAAAAAUGAACGAAUCUUACUGUGGACCUUUGAAAAACAUGAUUUCCUGUCUUUUGUGCCGCUGUCGAAUGGAAGAGUCCGAAUGCGUCUCUCUCCGAACAGUGGACCAGUCCAAGCUGAAAAACUGGGCUUUGGAAAACACGGGUCGAAGCCUAGACCUUGCCUUAAAUCAUCAGGUGUGCUGGAACUGCGUUCGAAAUGCAAAACUCUUAGGCACAAUCUCGGCAAGAAAAAGCUCAAACCAAGACUGGUGGUCCAAACUGGAGGAUCCUCUUGGAUCCCCAAAUUUUUCCCACGACGAAGACGAAUCUGGAGAAGAGGAUGAAGCCAAACAACUCUACUCCACACCAACCAAAUGUUCCACAGAUUGUGAUACAGAAAAUCAACUAGACUUGAAACCGUGCUAUGUUGUGCUGAACAAAAUUCCGUCAGACGAGGAAGACGAAGAAAUGAGCAGCUCGUCUGAAGAGGAUGACCUCGAGCCUCUGCCUGUCAAAGACAAGGAAAAUGAUAAAAACUACGAGUGCAGUGUGUGCUUCAAAUCUUAUAAAAGCAGAUCUUUGAUGAGGAGACAUUUGAAGAGGUUGCACAGAGACGACUUGCUCAAGUGCAAGUUUUGCCACAGGAAGAAUUUUGAAAGCAAACGCUUUCUCGAUGCUCACUGCCAGUUUUACCACAUGGAAGAGAUGCAGACUGCCCAGCUCAAACUGACCUGCAAUUUCUGCAUGAAACAGGAGUUGUCGCCCCUGAAACUAAAAUUCCACAUUGCCUCCAACCAUGCAAAUACCAGGUUUAAGUGUUCCAUAUGCGGUGAAGGGUUCACCACUCUUUUUAAACUGCGGGUCCAUAAUUGCAAGUAAGAAAACUUUUUUCUAAAUGCCACACUUGUUUGAUGUAUAUUUGAAUUUAUUAUGAAGACUUAAGGUGAAUUUUAUUCAAAGCAAUUCAAUCAAAACUGAACGCUAAAACUUUUAACAAGUAAAAAUAUAUUUCAAAUCAAGUAUAGCUGCUCUAUGCUCUUUUUAAUUUAGAAAUAAAAGGAGAAAGUGGAAGAAAGUUUUUUUUUAAGUUGUGUACAUAACUGAAAAUCAAUCAGGAGAUGAACGCUGUUAUAAAUGAAAGUCCCUGAAUUUAUAUUGUGCAAUUUCUUAUGUUAUAUUCAUUCAGUUAUGAACUCUAAAAUCACAAACUUAAUUGCCAGACAUAAAGAUUGUUACCACUCCGCGUUAAGUGAGAAUCUGCACCUUUGAGUACGCUUGUCAAAUACUUCGUGGGGUGGACAGAUUCUUUCUGGUGCGACAGCAACAUUAGCACCGUUGCCAAGGUUAGACUUUAGAGUUGAUGCAAAUCCUAUUAGCACGGCGGCAAAAAAAUAUGAAUAGCAGGAAUUUUUCUGACAUGAUGAUACUAGUGAUGACUGGAAGAUUAAAGUUCUAUAUUUUAUUGUGUGCUUGUGAGUGUAAUCAAAGAAACUCAAGGCAAUUUUGCAAAGGAUGUGGUCAGAAUUGUUGGGUGGAGCAGGGUGGGGGAAUAGAAUUGCAUGUUAAUGGAAUGCUCAAGUACUAAUAUCUAAUAAAAAUUGUCAUUUGAAAUUAAUUUGCUGUGUUCAUAAGGUAAUGAAAAAAAAUUAUCUCAGAUAUUGACGUUCUGCGUUGAGAGGAAAAAUGAGAUCUAUAUUUUUAUAUAGAUUUAAUUGUUAAGCGGAUUAAUAUUUGCAGUGCCAUUAAAAAUCAAAGACCUUGUUAUAAUUUUAUAAAUUUUGCUGGAAAUUUUAACAAAAUAUCCAAUCUCUAAAUGACAUCCUGAACUAAUUGUUUUCUUUUGCUGCCAAAAUGAUAGAGCACAGCAGUUCCUUUAAGACAAAUAAGAAAGCGCCAUGAGUUACAAACAAAAUUGUAUGGUAUCAUUUCUAAAUCUCAAACUAUAAAAAUAUGAAUCUUUGUGUGAGAAUUAACGGAUAAAAUAUGUUCAAAAUUUUUUAUUUAGUUUAUGUCACCCCAUGCCAUCCUAGGUUUUUGAUCAAAUAAUUAUUUUUAAGGAAGGCUUUGAGCUUAGUAAGGACCAAGAAAUAGUUAAUUUCCAUUUAUAUUUAAACUAUAUUGACCUUAAAAAUUCUGGAACUUGUAUUUCUUAAAAUAGCUUAAGUUGUUAUCUGAAAUGUACAACUUGUGUUAAUAAAACUCCACAAAACAUAUUAUUCCCACAUUUUAUCUUCAAAUAACACCGAUUUAAUCACGCGCACACAAUGAAAGUGACAAAUAAAGCAGUAACUUAUGAUUAUUUCACUGAAAAUCGAGUAGUUCUGUUGUAUGUCUGCAUCAUUGCGUAUGAGGAUCUAUAUAGCCAGAUUUAGAGCAGCAUCAACUAUGUAUUAUAAUAUUUGAGGUAUUACGCUACAGGUAUCACUAACCCGUGCAUGAUUUUAGCUGCUAUUCUUGUUUCAAAAUUCAUCCAAAUUUUACUCGUGCUAGAAAAUUGUCUAAAAUUCAUUAUUUUUACGGACUGUGUAAUUAAAUUGUUUUUAUUAUUUAUUUUUCUCGGUCAAUACCUAAAAAUUGAACUGUAAAAUCGGGAAGAAAAAGUUUAUAACAACUAUGCAGAAGUUGGCUAAAACGCUCGACAUUAAAAGAGACUCAGUCGCCGCGUUUGUAAUAAAAUUGUAGAUUAAUUUAUU